AUGCUCGCUAGAGACGCUCGGCUCAAAAAAGUUAUGGGCCAAGUUGACUGGUUCGCGAACUGCAAGCUGUCAUCUAAACCCUGCAAGAACGGCGGAUUCACCAUGAAUGACUGCAGUUGCGCUUGUCCCUUGGGCACGACCGGCGCUAACUGCGAAAAAUUGGAUCUUAGCUAUACCACGGGCGUGACCACCCGAGCGGACGGAUCUGUGUUGGUCGGCGACAUGCUCUACUCCGCGGCGCAGUGGCAAAGUUUGCUCGCUAGGAACUUGAAGUCUAAAGAAGUGCUUUGGCCGAAAACGAGCGGAGUUGUCAAACUUCCAUACAAGAUAGCAGAUCCGAAGAUAAACGCGACUCUGGUGAAGCUGGGCAUCAGCGCUUGGGAGUCUACAACCUGCUUAAAGUUCCCCGAGUUGUCUGCGGCUGACACCACGGCUGAGUACCUCAAUAUGAUGAUAGAGAAGAGCUGCUGGUCCGGCGUGGGCUACACGCAAGGCGAGCUCACGAAUAUCAGCAUCGCGGGUGAUGCAUGUAAUCUCAGGGGAAUCAUCCACGAGCUCGGCCACGCGAUGGGGCUGGAGCACGAACAGUCCCGCAGUGACAGGGAUGACAACAUCAUCGUGGUUACAGCUAACAUUGCGCCUGGCGACGAGGCUAAUUUUAAUAAGGAAAAUACCGUCAACUUCGGCCUCCCUUACGACUACUACUCCGUCAUGCAGUACCAAGAUGCUGCUGGUUCCAAGGGCCCAGAGCGCGUGAUGCUCGCUAGAGACCCUCGGUUUCAAACAGUUAUGGGCGCUAACGGCGAUGGCAGUGAAAUUACUUUCAUGAACUUGAAGCUCGUGAACACAAUGUACGGCUGCAUAGUGCAAGCUGUCAUCUGA